GAAUACUGUUGCAGCAGGAGUAUUUACAUAUUGUGGUGUAUAUAAUACUGCUUUCCAAGGUGAGGGGCGUCACAAUCGUGCUUAGCUUCGCUGUGGUAAGGUGCAUCUGACGAAGAAAAACCAUCAAGAUGUCCAUGGUUCCACUUCUUUUCCGUGACUGGUGGGAUGAAGAAGACCUCCUUCGUCCUUCCAGACUUCUCGACCAACAAUUUGGUUUAGGAUUAAGAAGAGAUGAUCUUCUUAACUCGAUCAGAGAUGUACCGAGAAGAUCUGCUGGAUUUCCUAGAUAUAUUAGACCAUGGUCUACAAGCUCUGCUCUACAAAGACAAGAUUCCGGCUCGACCAUUACACAUGACCAUGAUAAAUUUCAGGAGAAAGUCAGCUCGAAUUACCAGGAAAAUACUACGUUGGGUAGACAGUUAGAAUCCGAAAGUAUUAGGACGAAGGACAAAAGUCAGGAUUUUGAGGUUAUUUUAGACGUCCAACAAUUCGCUCCUAACGAAAUCACUGUAAAAACCAACGGCAACAGCAUCUUGGUCGAAGGUAAACAUGAAGAAAAACAAGACGAACAUGGAUAUAUAAUGAGACACUUUGUCAGACGAUACGUUCUUCCACAAACCCACGAUGCCGAAAAUGUGGUUUCUUCAUUGUCUUCAGAUGGUGUUUUGACAGUAAGCGCACCAAAGAAAACCGAAAAGCCUGUAGCCGCAGAAAGGGUAGUACCCAUCACACAAACUGGACCCGCCAAGAGCACUGUAACACCCGUAGUAGAGUCUCCUCAACCUCAACCACAAGUGAACUAAGAGAUCUUGACUAAUAAGGCUGAUAUUUAAUUUAAUUUUUUAUUUAUUAUAUUCUU